CCAAUGACGUUGCUUCAGCGGCGGGCCAGAUCAACGGAACCGUCCGAACCCUGAAUGUGACUUUGGGUUUCCAAUUGUUUCCAAAGGCGAAGUCUACCUAGAGUAUACAUGUCGUCGUGCCCAAACUCGCACACGUGUUUUUGGUCCAUCGAUACACUUGAGAAUACAACACUGACCUCUAUUUCCCUGUCCAACCUUGAGUCCUUGCGCUCCUCAAGCACGACACGACGUUGUGUAAGUGCUUCUUGCGCAGCCCGCAAACCUACCAAUUUGAACAACACCAGACCACCUUCAACCCGAACCCGACAUUCACAGACCCGCAAAUAUGUCUGCCACGCUCAUCAACGCCGACGACGGGGAUGCUCUGGAGCCGACACUGCAGUCAAUUCUCGAUCAGCGCUCGCUGCGGUGGAUCUUUGUCGGCGGCAAGGGCGGCGUGGGCAAGACGACAACGUCGUGCUCUCUCGCGAUCCAGUUGGCCAAGGUGCGGCGCUCGGUGCUGCUCAUCUCGACCGACCCAGCGCACAACCUCAGUGAUGCGUUCAGUCAAAAGUUCGGCAAGGAGGCCCGCCUCGUCGACGGCUUCGACAACCUGAGUGCCAUGGAGAUCGACCCCAAUGGCAGCAUCCAGGAUCUGCUGGCCGGCCAAGGCGAGGGCGAAGCGAUGGGGGAUAUGGGCGGCAUGGGCGGCAUGAUGCAGGAUCUGGCGUUUGCUAUCCCCGGCAUCGACGAAGCCAUGUCCUUCGCCGAAGUCCUCAAGCAAGUCAAGUCGCUCUCCUACGAGACCAUCAUCUUCGAUACCGCGCCGACAGGGCACACCCUCCGCUUUCUGCAAUUCCCCUCCGUCCUCGAAAAGGGGCUCGCCAAGGUCUCCCAGCUCUCCAACCAGUACGCGCCCCUGCUCAACGGCUUCCUCGGCAGCAACGGGACCCUCCCCAAUGGCCAGAACCUCGGUGAGAUGAUGGAGAAGCUCGAGUCGCUGCGCGCCACCAUCUCGGAGGUCAACACGCAGUUCAAGGACGAGCGGCUAACAACGUUCGUCUGCGUCUGCAUCCCCGAGUUCCUGUCACUCUACGAGACGGAGCGCAUGAUUCAGGAGCUGGCCAGCUACGGCAUCGACACCCACAGCAUCGUGGUCAACCAGCUGCUUUUCCCGAAGCCCGGGUCAGACUGCGAACAGUGCACGGCCCGGCGGAGGAUGCAGAAGAAAUACCUGGAUCAGAUCGAGGAGCUAUAUGACGAGUUCAACGUUGUCAAGAUGCCGCUGCUGGUGGAAGAGGUCAGGGGGAAGGAGAGGCUGGAGAAGUUCAGUGAGAUGCUGGUCAAGCCGUUCGUGCCGCCUUCAUAAGGGGGCUUGGGGAUGGAAGAUGCAAAGAGGGUCGGAAAGGCGUUUGGGGAUACACCUGCGUCAGCAUUUAUCUAGACACCUAUGUAGUCCGAGCCAAUACCGCUUCGUACGUUGCUCGGACGAGACCUACACAUAAUGGUAUGAGCGAGAGCAGGCAACUUGAAGAUGCUGCGUCCACAAGUAGGGCCCAUGAGGUAGCAUUAACAGUUAGAAACGAGCCAUCGAAAUCGGAAAAUAAUCCUCGUCUCGCACGGGUUCAACUGUUUCA